GUUUCGCUCCUAGCCUCCUAUACUGACACGCAUUCAGCUCGGCUUAUUAUAUUGGUCUCCACCCCGCCGGUCCACGCCUGUAGCUGCUGGUUUAUGUUGGGCCGUUUGUUCGGAUACGUGUCUCAGAGGGUACCGAGCUUGUUGGACCGUGUCUCGCUAAUGAUGAAGCCGCAGGUUGUGUUCGUGCUGGGCGGGCCUGGCGCCGGUAAAGGGACCCAAUGCUCCAGGAUCGUGGAGAACUACAACUACACUCACCUGUCAGCUGGGGACUUGCUCAGGGCAGAGAGAGCCAGAGAGGAGUCUGAGUUUGGACAGCUCAUCGCCAACUACAUCAAAGAGGGGAAGAUAGUCCCCGUAGAGAUCACCAUCAACUUACUCAGGAAGGCAAUGGAAGAGACCAUGCAGCAAGAUGAGAAGAAGUUCCGCUUCCUCAUAGACGGUUUUCCCCGUAAUGAGGACAACCUAGAGGGCUGGAACACCGUCAUGGAUGGGAAAGCAGAUGUCAAGUUUGUGCUGUUCUUUGACUGCAGUAAUGAGAUUUGCAUCACCAGAUGUCUAGAAAGAGGAAAGGACAGCGGGCGCACUGAUGACAACAGAGAGAGUUUGGAGAAGAGAAUCCAAACCUACCUACAGUCUACGCGACCAAUCAUUGCACUGUAUGAGAAGCUCGGCAAGGUGCGCACUGUAGAUGCCUCUCGCUCUCUGGAUGAGGUGUUCGGUGACGUGAAAUCCAUCCUGGACAAAGAGGGUUGAGGUCCUCCAGCUGCCAACAACAUUCAUUUACCUUUUAAGUUUUCCUUUUUAUCAACUGCAAUUAGUCUAUAAUAAGUUUCGGUGUCCACUCAUUUGACUUUUUACUUUGGCUACUGUUUUUUUUGUUUGUUUUCCAUCUUUUUUGUAAAUGAGUACUGUUUGUUUGAAUGUGUGUGUGUGUGUGUGUUGGGGCGAUGUAUUGUGUGCGAUGUGAGUCGGUAUGAAUGUCAAGUAGAGAUGCCUAGCAGUUACAUGUAAUUAAAUGAUCAUUGAUUUUCAUCAUAGUUUGAGGCCUUUCCAUGCAAACAAAAUGAAUCAAUAGCUUAGAGCGGCUCUUUUUCGUCAAUCAAAGGCACUUCUUCAACUACAAAUAUCAACACAAAUGGAACAUCUUCAGAAGAUCACUUCAUUGGAAGCAGCAAAAUGCCUCAGACCAAAUGGUUGUUCGACCUGAUUAUGGCAGACUUGAAUCAAUUUACAACUUGACAGAAGAGAAAAUGUUCUAUUAAAAACACAUAAAUCAUUUGUGUCAUUAUUAAUAGGCUGCACUACAGGAUCAUGGUGGGUUUCUUUAGUGACAUGUAGAGUUAUCAACUCUGUGUUUGUGUAAUUGACACUGAACAUGUUAACAUGCUGUCACAGCUUUGACGCUCUGCUAGAGAAAACAUGAAAAUAAGAUUUGUUAAUCUGUUGUACUGUAUCUUCUUGAAGGAGGGAUAAAAUGGAAAAUUAAAGCCCAACCUUUUC